AUGCCUCGACGAUCAUCGAGACUGUCCUCUUCGGAAGCUGUUUGCGGCGCCCCUACCGCACGUCAACUUGCCACAGCGAUCCUAUCUGAACCUCCAUCAAAAGAGUCUCUUGAUAACGUCGCUGCGCUGUAUGUAUCGUACUUAAGUGGAGAAAACAGCGACAGAAAGACACUCGAGUGCUUGGAAGAACUAGAAGCUGUGCAGUUCCUUGAGCGCGCGUUGUGGCCGCUCGUGGACGUCGUCUCGACCGUUCGUGACUGUCACCACGAUGUAAAGAAGGCCUACUUGGUGUCGGUGCUGCUAAUUGUGGGAUUUAAAGCUCGGAGAAGAGAUGAAACGUCCGGUGCAGGUGGCUCUACUGGGGUGUGGUCAUUCCUUAGCAGCGAAGACCAGGCCUGGAAGGCAUUUUUGACGACUUUAUGGACAGUAGUAGAAGAAGCAGAUGCUGCAAUGGAGGACGACGCUAAGUGGACACUCAAAGAACAAACAGCACUGACACAGUUUCUGGUCACGUGCUUUCAAAGCCUGGAUGUGCCGCAGGUUGCUUCGUCCGUGCUGCAGAUGACGUCUUUGCCUCUUUGGACGGCACUGUCACCGAACCAACGGGCGCUGGAGUUCCAGAUGUACCCGAAGCUUGAGCGACACUGGAAUCGUAUCAUGUCCGACUCUGCUAAGAUUACGACGGAAAAGCAGAAAAAGUCGACGAAGAACAAGCGCCGCAAAGUGCAAGAACCGACAGCGUCGUUACGACCAGAUCAAACUGCGCUGGUGCAUCGGCUUGACGCUUUUUUUCAGAUACUGAAGACGCCAGUUGACGAAGAUGUGUCCAAGCACGAGAUAGCCUCGCGACUGCGCUUCGUGGCGUUGUUUUUGGCCUUGCUGAUUGACCUCUUGAGUCAGCUGCCGACGCGUCGCUUCUUGCUGACAGUGUUGAGGCGUCGUCACGUGCGCACUGCCCUUCGAAACAGCUUGCUGAUGCAACAUUCACUACAGUGGCAGAGUGCCAAUGAUAGGCAAGCUAUUAGCAAGCAGCUAUCUCUAUUGGAUGCAUGCAUGCGAUUUCCAGUUGAUGCGCACACGGGCUUGUCGCUUUCUCCGCGAGAAUAUCGUGAACAUAAGGAUCGUCAUAUUCAAGCUUUGCAACAGCGCGCAUUCCAGUCAUUUAGGGGCUCAACGGUGGAAGGACUUGCCAUCGCACCAUGCAGUCACAUUGCAAAUGCUUCUAGCUUCACCGAAAUGCUGACGUCUAUCGUCACUGCAGAUCGCUUGCAGCUGUCAUCGUUGGCUAUCGCUGUUGGUGUUCUAGCUGACCAGGCAGAAGCCAGCACUGUCUCUGAUGCCGAAUUGAUUGACUUCUUCCAGGAAGAAUACUCGAUUAACCAGACCGAGCAGGACGCACUUUCCUCCAAUAUGCCGGUUUAUCCUACCGAGUUGGAUAUUUGGAAUCAGAUGCUGAACCGAAAAGACCUGACGGUGCAAAACGUCAAUGCAUCAGGUGAUGAAGCUCCCAUGAAAACAGUGGAUCACGUUUAUAGCGCUGACGAGUCUGACCUGUUCCCGGUGCUGCCUGUACGCAAGUUGGGUCUGCAAUUCCUGAACAUAGCAGACUAUCUGCAGCGUAAUUAUGAGCUGCUUCAGCUAGAAGCAGCACAAGAUAUUCGCGAAGAUCUCGAGUCGACUAUUCGACAGCUUGACGCCGUGCGUGCUUUGCGUUCAUCGCGUGCAAAUGAUACAAUUUUUCGUGGUUUCUCUCGUUUCGGUGUUGCGCUAGUAAGCACGCUUCGGACUGUAAAAGUUGGCAAGCCGUUACUUGGCCAAGUUGCUCCAGCCUCAGUUAUUGCGGAGCUGGAGGUGGAUCUGUCCAGCCGCCAUGAUCGCAAGUCGUUUGAUUGCUACCAGACGAAGGAAGUGGUAUUUCUCGUGACUGUGAGAGCUACGGCUGACGAAGGUUGCGAGAUAAUGGGCUUUCAGAAAGAGGCGAAAGACAAAGGAUCGUUUCCUGAGAACUUUGGUGUACAAUAUGUACGUGCAGCAGAAGUCGUGAAGGUCACAGAUGCUGCUGGUUGUGCUAUCAAUGACGAAAACCCUAUCGGUAAAGGCAGUAAGCGGGCAUUUACACUAGCCUUGGACGGCGUGCAAUACAAGAACGAUUUAGAAGCUGGCCAACUUGAGGCAUACGAACACGUGAAUUUAUUGGUACGGCGUCGACCCCGCGAUAACAAUUUCAAGGCUGUGUUGGAUACGAUCUCCGGCGCAUGGCGCAAUGCUGAUAAAGAAGAAUUGUUACCAGCAUGGUUGCAUGACCUCUUCUUGGGAUACGGUGAUCCGGCUGCUGCGCUGUACAAGUCGAUUUACAAGGCGAGGGCAGAGAAGCAGUUGACAGUGCCGAUAAGCGAGUUGCUGCUAGAUGGCGAACAUGCACUCGAAGCUGGUGGUGCUGAGAAGCUUAUACACAUCGAUGAUGAAACUCAAGAGCUGAGCGCGAAGGAUGCAGUUGCCCCGUUUACCUAUGUCGAGGAUAUACGGGAUGGCUCAACCUUUAUCCGAGCAUCCCACGAGAAAAAGCUUUCUACAAAGCACUCGAGCACUUGUCCGCCAGUUCGCUUUACCAAAGCACAAGUGGCUGCCGUGCGCACCGGAUUCUGUGAAGGCUUGACUCUGGUCGUAGGCCCACCAGGUACGGGCAAGACGGAUGUAGCUGUGCAGCUCGUGUUGAACCUGUACCGCUUCACGCCACCACGAGAAAAGGUGCUAAUCGUCGCUCAUUCAAACCAAGCAUUGAACGACUUUUUCUCGAAGAUUCUGGCACAAGGUGUCGUCCAUGAAGCUGAGAUUGUGCGAAUGGGAAAACGGCAAUUCACAAGUACAAGUGGUUUACCAGAAGAGGAAGGCAAGGAAGCCUUUCAUGCGGAUUUCAGUCGCAAUGGGCGUGUGGCGUUCCUGUUGGAGCGAAGGAUAGCCUUACUGGCGGAGGUGGAACAGAUGGCUCAAUGGCUGAUCAAGCACGAUUCCGUGCAAUACGCUGGCCUUGCCGGCGGCUCGACGUCGUACUCUUGUGCAAACGCUCUUGUUUUUUAUCAGUUUCACAUGAAGACGUUUCUUGAUGCGGCCCAUGAGGCAACCGCGUUGGGCUCAAAAGAUGACAAGGUUGCGGCGUUUUCAGCGUUUUUUGCUAUGCGGAAGGGUGAGCCCCCCAGCACGAUCGAGGCUUUGCGUCAGUUUGCUGUGGACAUUGAGUCAUAUUUUGCCGAGUUGCGGCGUCUCCAACCUUUUGAGCUGCUGCAGACUCCGCGCCAGCGUGGUGACAUGUAUUUGAUACAUCACGCUCGCAUCAUAGCUAUGACAUGUACGCACGCGGCAUUAAAUUACAGCAAGAUCGCAGACCUCGGACUGCGAUUUGGAAGUCUUGUUAUGGAAGAAGCUGCCCAGGUAAGUGAACUGGACAGCAUUGUGCCUCUCCUACUAACGUGCUCCAAAGAUGCUGGCACAACGUCACAUGAAAGCAAUCCGCGCUCAGGCCUCCAGCGUGUUGUACUCAUGGGCGAUGCAAAACAGCUACCUCCUGUGGUAAAGUCGCUUGCGCUGAAAAGCUAUGCUCACUUUGACCAGAGCCUCUUUACUCGACUGCUGCGUCUCGGUGUGCCUCAUAUUGUUCUUGACCGCCAAGGUCGCAGUCGGGGUGAGAUAGCCGAUAUCUAUCGAUGGCGGUACGACGAUGCUUUCGCCAAUGGAGGGAAGCACACUACGUUGGGCGAUUUACCUCGUGUGAAGUCAGAGAUCCCAUACCAGGCAGGCAACGUCGGGUUCUCGCAUGUAGCACAAUUUGUGGAUCUCACGGGAACAGCGAAAGAGCGUCAGUCGAAACCGUUUGCUUACGAGAACGAAGAAGAGGCCCGCUUCAUCGUCGCGCUGUUCCGGUAUAUGCUGCACAUCGGUUACCGUGCUAACCAGGUGGCCAUCCUCUCGACCUACAACGCGCAAAAUGAGCUUUUGCAGCGAUUGUUGCACGCCCAGGCUCCCGAAGCCGCCAAGUCCUGUCAAGUGUCUACUGUUGAUCGCUUUCAAGGCCAACAGAACGAUUUCGUAUUGUUAUCCACAGUGCGUAGCGGGACCAGCGUCGGCCACCUGCGUGAUGUUCGUCGUGCCACGGCGGCCUUUUCUCGCGCACGACUUGGGUUGUAUGUGGUGGGGUGUCUCAGUACGCUGGAGCAGGCACAGGAGCUGCAGCCGUUCGUGUCGAAGUUGGUAUCAAUUGCCAAGGAGCACGACGGUGACAAAGCGACCAAGCUGGCGCUUGUGCCAUCGGCGAGAGUUGACGCAGUGGCACCGAGCAAAGACGAGAAGCGCAAGGUGCGAUCAAGAGCAAAUCAUACUGUCGUGUACAUCUCGGAUCGGAAGCAGCUCGAGAAGGUAGUGGCCGAGCUCGAGGCGUAG